CUAAGAUGCGUCAUUCGCCAUUUUGGUGUUAGUUGAGGCGAUAUUGCAAUAAUCGCGCCUGCUGCAGUAACUUCGCGUUGUUAUUGACGGAGAAUCGUGUUAUUUUCAGUGUUUCUGUCGCGGGGAAUCAUGUCAGAGAAUCCGGACACCGACACACCGGAGCUGGAGUCCGAAGAGAAGCAGGAUUCUCCAGAAAAGAUCUGUAACCCAAUCCUGUCUGAAGAGGCCAAACUGAAGGCAAAAUAUCCAAAUCUGGGACAGAAACCAGGCGGUUCUGACUUUCUGAUGAAGAGACUACAGAAAGGACAAAAGUACUUUGACUCGGGCGAUUAUAACAUGGCAAAAGCCAAAACGAAGAGCAAACAUGUGUUGGCGGCCGGACCUGAAGAGAAGCUGGUGACCGGAGACCAUAUUCCCACACCGCAGGAUCUUCCUCAGAGGAAACCCGGCGCACUCGCCAGCAAACUGGCCGGAUAAACGCAUGGAAACACUCCAACACACACAGAAACGAGUCGUAGUGUUUAUUCUCGGGGUAGUUGUGGGUUUAAAUGAGGGAACUAAACCUCUAGAGAAGAUCCGGACACUGAAGCUGCAGGUCAGAUCGGAUCUAAUGCCAGAUAGACUAGAGAGAGAGAGAGAGAUAUGAUGAAAUAUGACGAAACCAGCAGGGCGCGUCACAAACCAGUCCAGAACAGGCGUGACACGAUGAGACGGAGAUACUGCUGAGCAACGUCACCCUUACUGGCCAAGAGUCUGGAGUCAUUAUGACUUCAUAAGAGUCUCUUCUGCUCACCAAGGCUGUGUUCGUUUGAUCAUAAAUACAGUAAAAACAGUGAAAUAUUAUUCCAGUGUAAAUCAGCUGUUUUCUAUGUGAAUAUAUAGUAAAGUUUAAUUUAUUCCUGUGAUCAAAGCUGGAUUUUCAGCAUCAUUACUCCUUCAGAAAUCAUUCUAAUAUGUUGAUUUUAUAUAUAAUAUGCUGAUUUAAAAGAAAUGAUUACUUUUAUUCAUCAAGGAUGCAUUAAAUCAAAAGUGACAGUAAAGACAUUUAGAAUGUAUCAGAAGAUUCUAUUUCAAAUCAGAUCUUUCUGUUCAUCAUAGAAUCCUGAAGAAUAAAAUGUAUCAGUUUCCACAGAAGAGACUCUUUCAGAAACAUUAAACAUCUUCAUGAUCCCACGCUUUUGACCGGUGCUCGAGUGACUCGAGCGAUCAGUAUCUGCGUCUGUUUUGUUGAAGUAGUUUGACUGUUUUUAGACUGAACAAGUAAAACCCAGAUUUUUCAUGCACUUUUUGGUGGGGAAAAGAGAGAGAGAAAAAGUAUUUUUAUUUUUGAAGUGUUUAUUUCUCUGGAUGAUGUUAUACUGUUACUGUUUGACAGACUCAACGUACUGAUCUACUAUUUUAACUUUCAUCUUCUGAGACUAAAUUGAGACAAACUCAGACAGUUCUGACUCAC